AUGGGAUUCUCUGGCCUUCCCCGAAGAAAAUAUGCGCAACAAGAGAAGCACGGAGGACGUAAGUCCUACCUCUACUACGCUGAGCGUCGGAAGCUGCACCUCGAAAGAGGGCCAACACUGCCCGAGUAUGCAUCUAACACAAACAUCUCAGCGGCCUCGGUCAGGGGGAAAUGGAGUCGGUUCUGCUCCCAAGCUUGCCAGGACCCAGAUACCCUUCUUAAGAAUCUUACAGCUCCAGAUGUUAAGUCCUGGUUUGACUGGAUUGAGGAAAACUUCUCGGGCUCUAUCAAAGCCCACAGUGCACUUGCAAACUAUUGGAGAACUCUGAAAAGACUUUAUUUCAUUAAGAACCACCAGGAGAUGGAGCCGAACAUGCAGACAGACUGCCGUAAUUAUAUGAACGUUGUGAGUAGGCGGAUGGGCUUGCGCAGACACCCUCUGCCCAAGCCCACAGCAGCAUCAGAUGACCUUCUACAUUUUCUUGUCACUCACAUGGCCCAUUGCGACUCGGUGUUUGCCGAUGAGAAGCAACGAUUAUAUGUCUUAGCUGGUCUCAAUUUAUCGAGCAUUUCCGCCUGCCGAGCAGUAUCAUUGUUUGACACAAGACAUACUGUUAACCUUCAACCUGAUGGACGCCCCCUCGAAACCUCUGGACCCAAGAACCCCAGUAAUCGUACGAAAUGCGAGAGCUCGUUUAAGAAGUCGGAGGACGAGGCGCCCUCUGGGGGUUCCAGCCAUACAACGGGUAAAGACACUGAGAUGAGCGAGCUAGAAGAAACCGAUCUGGAUGACAUUUUCAGCCACCACUCCGAUCUGGAAACUGCGAGCGACGUCGACUGCGAUUCAGACGCAUCUAGCGUUACGGAUGACGGGUAUCUCGAGGGCGACGAAGAGACCAACACUAUCCUUUGGAGACAUAUUGAAUUCUAUAUUGUCCGCAAUCCGACUCCCGGUGAACGCCAUAUCCUCGCCGCUAUCAUAACGCUGCUUCACACGAAAGGGGAGGACCGAAAGCCGAGAAUCAAGAGGUUUGUGAUCGAACAUGAGGAAAACCUGAUAUUCGACCUAUUAGGUCAGCUGAUGGCGUUGGCUAUUGACGAUGAUAUAUUCGUCGCGACAAUGAAGGACGUGGCGGAUAUCUACACUGUGCCCAUCCCUGCCCACCGGAGAGGUAUUCAGAUGAAAAUAAAGAGAGACAAACUGGACAUCCCAAUAUUUCGGGAGCCCGAGCAUACCGCAGAAGGCUAUCGAACAUCUGAUAGUCAACCACUUAAGUCGCGGACAUGGAGUCGCAAUCUUAAACGACUUGGAAUUCGGGCUGGUCAGGCGCAAAAUCUGACGCAGAAAGUGCUUCGCCGGGGUGGAAUCAACGCGAUCAACAACCAAGCCCCAUCGUCUGUUCGUGAUCAAGUUGCGGAUCAUGAAUCUAAUGCUGUGAAAUAUUACCUCAAUGAGGUGGUGGACUUUGACACCGCAGCAGCAUUUCACAAGCGACCAUCGAACGAAAUUGUGCAGCGGGAACUUCGCUCGGCAACACUUUUGGCGGACCAUACCGCUCCAAUCGGCCUCACGGAUGCACAGUCUCGGAAAAUAUCCCGGGAUCCGGAAGUACGGCGCUUGAGAAGGAUUUCCCGGGGGCUCACAGCGAGAAUCCGUGCGAUGGGCCUCACUAUCAAGGAUGCGGCAGGGACGGAGGCUGGUGAACAGAAAAGGCGAGCAGACGCGGAGCUGAACAGCAUGCUCACAUGUCUCCGAGACAAAGCCAAGGAGCGAAACCGAAAGAGACAUUUUAGGGAUACCGAUACGGCAAUAUUCAAUCAACAAUAUGAGGGCACUUCUGGAGCCGCAAGCGGCGACGGACAGAGCCAGCUGCCUCGCUAUUAUCAUAUCUCUGAACGGGCGGAGCUCGUCCGUCUUCUGUGCUACUCCGCGCUCGCGGAAACAACAGAGGAUGCCCACCAUCGUCGGCUCGAGUAUGUACGGCUUCUAGUCCGCUGGCAGCGUCGAAAGGAAAGCCCACGUCGAGGAAAGCAGGCAGCCGUCUCAAUACAACAAAUGCCGACCCCGACACCACCGAAGGCCGAAAUUAUACCCGAAAGAUAUGACCCCUUACAAUGUCCGUUCUGCCUCUCAGAUUUGCGUCUGCCCCAAGUUGACCGACAAAAACGGAAAUGCAAGACGAAUAAACUGUGGGACCACGUGGAGAAGAUUCACUGCCAGGAACUAGCUGCAUUUGACACUGGCAAUCGUCGCUGUGGGAUAUGCAGCAUACGAAACAUUGAUUUUCUGCCUUCCAGCAGGAAUGAGUUCAAAAACCAUACCCAGACGGUUCACGGAAUCAGACUACGUCCCUGA